AUGCGCUUGUACGAGAUCGUUGUGUUGGUCCUGGCCCUCUGUUUGGUUAAGUACACCAAAGCUGAAAGCGAAACGGAUACGGAAACCUUGAGAGGUGAAGAAACAUUAGCGAGGGACGCGAAUCUCGACAGCACCGCUUAUCUGAAGGAAGACCCGGAAAAAGUCGCAGAGGAAGACCCAAAGAUACCAACAAAGGAAGACGCCGAGGAAGAUAUCAGAAAACGGCCGUUUAUUCGGCCGCGCCCACUCUAUCUCACUAUUAACGUUCCUACAAACCACAACUUGAGAUUCUUUCAAGUUAGAUAUUGCUUCCGUCGUAGAUGCUUUGGUAAGCGUAUAUUAGUCAUAAGAUAUCCUUCAUUAGCUUUCAUUGGUCCUCUUUUGCAAGAAGCUAGUGACCAUACGUUUUUGUCUUAAAUGUUCAAUGUAUCCUCCCUCGAAUUUUAAAUAGUGCACAUUCCUGUGAAUGCGGUUAAUUUUGUUUAUUUUCCGUCCGUCUGUUUUGGAGCAGAAUGAUACCUUUCUUCGGUAGUUCUUUUAAUUUACUAAAAAUUGAUUCAUUGAUUGAUUUAAAGAUUGAUUGCCUGAUUAAACCUAAAACCGACUGAUAAAGCCGAGAACCAAACCAAACACGUAGGACCUUGUAAUUUGUUUUAAUCUAAGAAUUAAAAGUUUAAAAGGUAGAAUGGUUCUCGAAUCCUCUGUAGAACUAUGAUAUUAAAAUAAUAUUUCCGUCUGAAUUUAUUUCUUUUCAGUGCCAGGCCUGAGUCAAAGGUUCCUUUCAUGGCGAGUUGUGUACCAAUCGGGAUACGUGGUGAUCAACAAUUGGCUUUACUAUUUCUGGAACUGCAGUCCAAAGAUAAGACCUCAGCCUCGACCAACUCGAUUGAGGCCCUCGCCUACUCCCACCAGGACCCCUUCCAGCCGCUUUUUUGGAUAAAAUGUGCGAUCAAAUCAACGUUCAUUUUUAUAUACACUAAGUAAACUGCUCUGGGCGUUUUCUAGAAUCUCCCGCCAAACUAAGGUUUAGCUUGAUUUCAGCUGCCUCAUUCGCUCUCCAAGUCACUCGGGGAAAGAGGCGGUCUUCUCUCCCGCCGGAGUGACUAAACGAGCGGAGGAAGUGGUCGAAUUCGAAAUUCGACGAAACUUAGGACGCUUUCCAUUUGUCAGAGCCAGCCUGCCGGACCAUUGCCCGACCAGUCAGUUUGAAAAUGUAAUAGGCUUAGUCAGAGAGUUUUUACUGAAAAACCAUCUCCUUCAAGCACACUAUUUAGGAUUGGACUGAUCUGGCUGGAGAGUCAUGUUUGAUCAAAAGGGAAAUUAUCGUUGCGACGGGAAUGGUCUGGCCGGUCAAUCUGACAAAUGGAAAACGCCCUUUGGUAGCGCUUUAAACAACACUGUAAAGGCAUGUAUCUUUUAAUUACCAUGAGAAAUAAAGAUAAUUUACUUCUUUAAAACGUGUUUUUCUUUAUGUUGUCUUAAUUUGUCUUCUGCGUGAAAGCUUAUGUGGUAAAAUCAAAUCCCUUGUAGUCAACUUUUCACUGCUCGAAGGGCUACUUACUGUUUCAAUGGAAAUUUAAUAUUUUACAGAGGCUGAGAAACUUUUGUUUUCCAAAGAAAUGAAAAAAGGGUUAAUUUUUUUAUCCUUUAGGAAUGGGGACAAGGGUCGGCGGUUUUUGCCGGAGAUAUUAGCCUGAAGCGUUUUUAUAUUUACGUUCUAGAACGCGGAAUUUCUUUUAAUUAG